AUGUUGCUACGCCACCACAACCACCGCCUCUUCUCCUUCCUCCUUGUUCUCCUAUCCCCUCCUCUUAUUCUCUGCCUCAACCAAGAAGGCAUGUAUCUUCAGCAGGCCAAGCUCGGCUUCGAUGACCCAAACGGCGCUCUCUCCGACUGGAACUCCGGUGAUCCCACCCCCUGCAACUGGAACGGCGUCGUUUGCGACUCCUCCACCGGCUCCGUUUUGUCGCUGGACCUCUCCAGCUCCAGCCUCUCCGGCCCCUUCCCUUACAUUAUCUGCCGCCUCAAGAGCUUAUCCUUCGUUUCCCUUUACGACAACUUCAUCAACUCCACUCUACAGGGGGAGCAGCUCGCCCUCUGCCGCUCGGUGGAGCACCUCAAUUUGGGGCAGAACUAUUUAACCGGCGUGCUUCCCCCCAAGCUAGCGGAUCUCCCGAACUUGAAGUACCUCGAUUUGACCGGAAAUAACUUCUCCGGCGUAAUCCCCGACAGUUUUGGGACCUUCCAGAAACUCGAGGUGCUCUCUCUGGUGGAGAAUUUGCUGGAGGGCACGAUUCCGGCGUCUCUUGGGAACGUGUCGACGCUUAAGCAGCUGAAUCUGUCGUACAACCCGUUUUCUCCGGGUCGUAUCCCGCCGGAGCUGGGGAACCUUACGAAUCUGGAGGUGCUCUGGCUGACGGAAACGAAUUUAGUCGGUGACAUACCUGAUUCUCUGGGUCGACUGGGUCGGCUGACCGAUUUGGACCUGGCUUACAACUCGCUGACCGGUCCGAUACCGAUUUCGAUCACCGAGUUGGCCAGCGUCGUCCAGUUAGAACUCUACAACAACUCGCUGACCGGCGAGUUACCCAGCCGUGGUUGGUCGAGGAUGAAAUCGCUGAGGCGGCUCGACGCGUCGAUGAAUGAGUUGACUGGGACGAUCCCGGCCGAGUUGUUCGAGUUGCCGCUCGAGUCUCUUAAUAUCUACGAGAAUAACCUGCGAGGCGAACUACCGGCUGCCAUUGCUGAUUCUCCCAACUUGUAUGAACUGAGGCUUUUCGAGAAUCAGUUAUCUGGAGCUUUACCUCCUAAUCUCGGUAAAAACUCGCCGUUAAGGUGGAUUGAUGUCUCAACCAACAAAUUUACCGGUGAAAUACCAGAAGGGUUGUGUGCUAAAGGGGCCCUGGAGGAGCUUCUACUGCUUGAUAAUUCAUUUUCCGGCGGAAUACCGGCGGCUCUAGCCGAAUGCCGGAGCUUGUUGCGUGUGAGAUUAGCCCACAAUAGCUUCUCCGGCGAGAUACCGGCCGGAUUCUGGGGACUUCCGCAUAAUUCUCUGCUUGAGCUCACAGGUAAUUCUUUUUCCGGCGGAAUCGCAAACUCUAUCUCCGGUGCCUCCAAUUUAUCUCAGUUGAUAUUAUCUGGGAACAAUUUCUCUGGUAGCCUGCCUGAGGAGCUCGGGUUUUUGGGUAAUUUGCUUGAAAUUUCUGCUAAUGACAACAAAUUAUCAGGCUCCUUACCAAGUAGCAUUGUGAAUCUUGGCCAAUUAGUUAAGCUAGAUCUUCAUAAUAACCAAUUGUCCGGUGAGCUGCCGAGUGGGAUUCAUUCCUGGAAGAAGCUAAACGAGUUGAAUUUAGCUAGAAACGAUUUUUCCGGUAACAUUCCGGACGAGAUUGGGGAUUUAUCAGUUUUAAAUUACUUAGAUUUAUCGGGAAAUAAAUUCUCCGGUAAAAUUCCACUCGGGUUGCAGAACCUGAAGCUUAAUCGGUUCAACGUGUCAGAUAAUCAUCUCACGGGGGAUAUUCCACCUCAAUAUUCAAAAUCAAUGUAUAAAGAUAGCUUUAUUGGUAAUUCAGGGCUUUGUGGAGAUAUCGAGGGUCUUUGUGAUGGAAAAGACGAAGUAAAACACAUGGGCUACGCGUGGAUGUUGAGAUGCAUUUUCGUAUUUGCUGUGUUGCUCCUUAUAGUUGGCCUCAUAUGCUUCUACUCCAAGUACCAGAAAUUCAAGAAGGCUACAUCAAAGGGAAAAAAAUCGAAAUGGACACUCAUGUCCUUUCACAAGCUAGGAUUUAGCGAGAACGAGAUAUUGAAUGCCCUUGACGAGGACAAUGUGAUUGGAAGUGGCUCGUCUGGCAAAGUCUACAAGGUUGUGUUAAAAAACGGAGAGGCAGUGGCCGUGAAAAAGCUCUGGGCCCGACCCAAGUUUUCUGACGAGAGCAACCAUGACUUGGAGAAAGGAAGUUCGAAUUUGCCGAAUGACGGUUUUUGUGCUGAGGUUGAGACAUUGGGAAAAAUCCGGCACAAGAACAUCGUGAAGCUGUGGUGCUGUUGUACCACGAGGGACUGCAAGCUUUUGGUGUACGAGUACAUGCCUAAUGGCAGUUUGGGUGAUUUGCUGCACAGCACGAAAAGCGGUUUGCUCGAUUGGCCGAUCAGGUUUAAGGUAGCCAUGGAUGCUGCCGAGGGGCUUUCGUACCUUCACCACGACUGUGCACCACCGAUAGUUCAUAGGGACGUGAAGUCGAAUAAUAUACUGCUCGAUGCGGAUUAUGGUGCCCGAGUUGCGGAUUUUGGUGUGGCUAAGGCGGUUGACGUGAAUGCCAAGGGGACCAAGUCGAUGUCGGUUAUUGCUGGGUCUUGCGGCUAUAUUGCACCAGAGUACGCAUACACGCUACGGGUGAACGAAAAGAGUGACAUAUACAGUUUCGGGGUCGUAAUUCUCGAGCUGAUCACAGGGAAACUCCCGGUGGAUCCCGAGUUUGGGGAGAAGGAUUUGGUCAAGUGGGUGUGCACCACACUGGAUCAGAAGGGCGUGGACCACGUGAUAGACCCGAAGCUCGAUUCUUGUUUCAAGGAUGAAAUAUGCAGAGUCCUCAACAUAGGCCUCCUCUGCACAAGCCCGCUACCAAUCAACCGCCCCUCGAUGAGACGUGUGGUGAAGAUGUUUCAAGAGAUAGGCUGUGGCGGCAGCCAACACAAAACCACCGGUAAAGACGGUAAAUUGACGCCUUAUUACUAUGAAGACGCGUCUGAACAUGGAAGUUUACCUUAA